CUCCUAUCUAUAUUUGGUCCAUCUUUGCAUCUCCUUGGGAUCUUUGAACCCUUCAAGAGUUACUCGUCAUGGCUGCUGUUCGGCUGUUGCGUCCACGUCUUCCAUCAUUCCGUCGUUGGAACCUCGACUCUCACAGAUCUUCAAUUCAUCUUUGGACCGCUGCCAGUCCUUCUACCUCCCCCCGACCCCUCCCCUACGCAUCAUCCCUAGCGACACCAUCCUCUAUCGCCAAGGGAAAACACAGAGACAUUUCGAGCGUAUUCAUAUCCGACGUAGACCUAUAUGUCUCUCUCCCUUCAAGCAUUCUGACAUCUCGGAAAGUACGGCGACAGCUGCUCAAGCAGGCCGUUCGCUUGGCCGCCUUCCGUCCCUUUCAUAGCUCGAGCCGUCGGAAUGCUCUACCUCUCAUCCCUGCGGCCACUGCCGCAAUCCUCAAAUCCACCUCCGUUCUCACGGCCAUCACUGCAAUAUCCCGCAUUCUUAUCUCUUUCUUUCCGCUAGGCACCAUCGCAGCUCUGCGCAUGGUCAGAGGAGUCAGAUGGUUGGAGUCUUCGUACAAGAGACCAGAGGCCACUCCAGAGGCUGAGGAGUUUUGGAAAAUGUGGUGCGAAGGGGAGAGAGGGAAACGGAUCCGUCGUGAGGAGGCCAUUGCGCUUUUAGAGGGGGAGAUGUCGACGGACGGAGCUGUUCAAGGACCUGACGGCCGUGUCGCCUAUCUGAUUCCCAUCCCACCUGGUACCAUUCAUAGUCCUCUAGUACCUGGGGACUUGAAGCAAUUGUCAAAAGAUCAACGGCAGCAAGCCAUGCGUUGGAUACAGAGAAUAGCCUUCUUCCUACCUCCACUUCCGUCGGCCUCCAUGACAUCCUUUAGUCACCUAUCUCCCAUGGAGCAACAGCAAGUCGAAGCGCUCCGACGCCACUGGAUUUCCUUACGGAUGUCGAAAGAUCGACUGGCGUUGUCCCGCUGGAUAGUCGCCCUCGCCAUCGGCUUGCCGAUACUCCUCUUCACGGCGGUAUACAUCGCUGCCUUGGAGCGGGUGCCGCUCACGGGACGGUGGCGUCUGAUCCUUCUGUCACCAGAGGAAGAAGAUAGCAUUUCCAAGAGCUUGGCUGGUCCCAAUUGGUACCGGAGCGUCAUCAAUCUCCUCACGACCGAAAACGCUCCCGCCCCGCCCCUUCUUCCGCAAACAGACUGGCGAUGGGGUUGGGUUGAAGCGACAUUGCGCAGACUCGAGUCGGGAGUGCGAGGAGAAAUCCAUCCGGUAUUCAGCCCUCCGCCGGCGAAGUAUCCAAUCAAACCUCGACCUAGGGUUUCAGCCAUGCUUCACUCGGCUCUUCCAGGUUCAGAACAUCCUUCGGGUCAAGAGCACCUCGGAGUAGGGCCGCCUUUCAGCCUCAUGCUUCUUCGAAAGGACGAGCCCAACGCCUUUUCGUACGGUUUUGGGGGAAACGGCGCCAGUGGAAUUGUCGUAUUUUCCGGCUUGAUUGACCAAAUCCUUGGACCCGCGAGAGCGCCUCCGUCUACACGAUUCUCAUCUAUUUUCUCAACUCGACCCCCUCACGUCACACCUACCGAAGAUGAGACACUGCAUCUCUCCUGGGUACUCGCCCACGAAAUGGGACACCUAUUGCUCAGCCAUCAGCUCGAAACCCUCUCCCAGCAGCAAGUCCUUUGGCCAAGCAUCACCAAUCUGACUCUAGACCUCGUUCGAGCUUUCAUCUGGCCUCUCACACUCAUGCUCGGUCCGACUAUCAACGAUGCAUUAGCUAAUGUGGGCAAGACCAGUGCCAAUGAGAUGAUUGAUCGUUACGGACAGGUUGGAUUCCAGUUUGCCCAUGAAUUGGAAGCAGACCGAGCUGCACUUCGGAUACUCGCACUCUCAGGUUUUGAUCCUAUGGCAGCCAAAGCGAAAUUUGCGACAUCUCUGGCCGAUUUACACGAGAUAAGACCAAUGGACGGAGACACGAGCGAUUCCUGGACCGGACGCGUGUUCAAAUUGUGGUCUUGGGCCACUCAUCCUUCAGCAGAAAGAAGAACGGCCGCCAUCGACGCUGAGCUAGAUAGAUGGCUUGAAGAAAGGAGACGCAGCGAGGUGGAGGUCUAAUAUCUUGUUGUUGAUUGUAAUGCAUAAGAAAUGUCAUGU